UGAAGGCUUCAGCGACCCGUAGAGCUCAAACUGCACCAUGCUGGUGUGUCUGCAGAGACAGAACCAACCGGCCCAACACCAACACCUCACGUGUGCAGCGAAGAUCCUGGAUGCGCCGCUCAAUCACAGGAAUGAGCUGAUUUCCAUGCGCUACCCAUCCGCGGCCGAACUGGACGCCUACGCGCAAAGAACAGUCGACAGCCCGCUUUCAAUCCAGAUCUUCCCCACCGACAUCAGGGUCCCACAGCACAAGCAAAUCAGCAGGACCGUCAACGGCCUGGACACCGGCGACCAGGGCUUGGGCUCGUACUCGCACCCCUACGCUGGUGCCUACCAAGGCUUGCUGGCGAUCGUCAAGACUUCCUCCGCGGCCAAAGGCGUGCUAAAGAGCGCCGAUGGAAAACGAACCAAACUAUCCCCUAUCCAAAUGGCGGUGGCUCCGUAUGCGCCUCCCAGCGGGAACAGACACCGGCCGUACGGCGUCGUGUCCCAUCACAUGAGCCGUCCGUCCAACGUCCAGUCCAGUCCUUCGUUCUUGUCCGCGUCUUGCGCCGACUCCAGUUUUGCUCUGGCGUAUUCCGGAGCCGUUCUGCCCACUCAAAGCGCGGAUGUAGCUGGUUCCGAUUAUUAUUGGGCGCAUUAUCCGCACAUGUAUGGAUCGGGAAACCGCUCGCCUGACGUUUCCUACCGAUCCUACCCUCCCAGUCUAACGAUUCUAGACAAGGUCCCGACGUCCCCCGCGAUGCACGGUGAUUUCUCUGUUGGCCAGUUUUUCAUUCCUGCUUGGAAUAGCGUGCUUGCUACGCCGGAUAGCGACUGUUAUAACCCUCAGGAGACGCCUGCAACGCGCCUCCAUCCGUGCGCCCACCAGCCUCCGUCGUACCUGUGCUGCAGGCCGCAAGAGGAGAGCCUCAGCAGCAGCCUGCAGUCUCUGGAGUGCCUCAUCGGCGAGAUCCACCCGCCUUGCAUCAAGGAGCACAUGCUGGGACGAGGAUACGAGCCGCACCUUCAGCUGCCCGUGUUGAGAUAGGACGCUUCACUGCAAAACAUGAUUCUCUUACUUAGUAUUUUUGUCUUGUUU